GGUGUGUGUUGGUACAGGAGGAGGCGGCGGCAACAGGAACCUGAAGGGGUAGGCUCGUGGAGUCGGGAAGAGCUAGGAACAAGAUGAAGGUGAAGAUGCUGAGCCGGAACCCGGACAGCUAUGUCCGCGAAACCAAACUGGACUUACAGAGAGUUCCAAGAAACUAUGAUCCUACCUUACAUCCUUUUGAGGUCCCACGAGAAUAUGUAAGAGCUUUAAAUGCCACCAAACUGGAACGGGUUUUUGCGAAACCGUUCCUUGCUUCCCUGGAUGGUCACCGAGAUGGAGUCAGUUGCUUGGCAAAACAUCCGAAGAGUCUGGCUACUGUCCUUUCUGGGGCAUGUGAUGGAGAGGUUAGAAUUUGGAACUUAACUAAACGAAAAUGUAUUCGUAUGAUACAAGCACAUGAAGGUUUUGUACGAGGAAUAUGUACUCGCUUUUGUGGGACUUCCUUUUUUACUGUUGGUGAUGACAAAACUGUGAAGCAGUGGAAAAUGGAUGGACCAAGCUAUGGAGAAGAGGAGGAACCAUUGCAUACAAUAUUAGGAAAGACAGUAUAUACAGGAAUUGAUCAUCACUGGAAAGAAGCUGUUUUUGCCACAUGUGGACAGCAAGUAGACAUUUGGGAUGAACAAAGAACCAGUCCUAUAUGUUCAAUGACUUGGGGAUUUGACAGCAUAAGCAGUGUUAAAUUUAACCCAAUUGAGACAUUUCUCUUGGGAAGUUGUGCUUCUGACAGGAAUAUAGUACUAUAUGAUAUGAGGCAAGCUACUCCUCUGAAAAAGGUCAUCUUAGAUAUGAGAACAAAUACAAUUUGCUGGAACCCUAUGGAAGCUUUCAUUUUUACUGCAGCAAACGAAGAUUACAACUUAUAUACUUUUGAUAUGCGUGCACUGGACACUCCUGUAAUGGUACAUAUGGAUCACGUAUCUGCAGUGCUUGAUGUGGAUUACUCUCCUACUGGGAAAGACUUUGUGUCUGCUAGUUUUGAUAAAUCUAUUCGAAUCUUUCCUGUGGACAAAAGUAGAAGCAGGGAAGUCUAUCACACAAAGAGAAUGCAACAUGUUAUCUGUGUAAAAUGGACUUCUGACAGCAAGUACAUUAUGUGUGGAUCUGAUGAAAUGAACAUUCGUCUAUGGAAAGCUAAUGCUUCUGAAAAGUUGGGUGUGCUUACGUCACGAGAAAAAGCAGCCACAGAUUAUAACCAGAGGUUAAAGGAGAAAUUUCAACAUCAUCCUCACAUAAAACGUAUUUCUCGUCACCGACAUCUACCAAAAUCUAUCUACAGCCAGAUUCAGGAACAGCGCAUCAUGAAAGAAGCUCGUCGACGAAAGGAACUGAAUCGUAUCAAACAUAGCAAGCCUGGAUCUGUGCAGAGGGUGUCAGAGAAGAAGAAACGCGUAGUGGCAGUUGUGAAAUAAUAUUUGGUAUUCCUACCAAUACUGAUGUAUAAGUAUUUGUUAUGUUUUGAUUUGUGAACUCUACAAAUAAAAGUACUGGCUCUAGUAUAACAACGAA